CACGACUCUUAUAUUUGACGGUUAUUAAAUACAUGUCCCCAGUGUUUACUGUAAAGAUCUUUCGUGUUUGUAACUGUUUAUGAGCUAAGAAUCGCUUAAACUCUUGAUAAUCAAUUUUCAGUAAAAAAUGUGCAGCUUAGAGAAAAGAGGUGACAUUUUCAUCCUAACCCUAACCGGCGACAACGAGCACCGUCUCAAUCCCACACUCCUCAAUUCCAUCAAAUCCGCCCUCCACCGUGUCCGUCAAGAAGCCACCACUUCCUCUGCCCUCAUAACCACCGCUCAUGGCAAAUUCUUCUCCAACGGCUACGACGUUGACUGGUCUCAAUCCUUUUACGACCGCCUCAUCCUCAUGGACGACUUACUCCGUUCCGUCGUCUCCGAUCUCAUCUCUCUCCCUAUGCCUACAAUCGCGGCUGUCACUGGUCACGCUUCCGCCGCCGGUUACAUCCUCGCACUCGCUCAUGACUACGUUUUGAUGCGAUCUGAUAGAGGAUUUCUCUACAUGAGCGAAAUCGACAUCAAUCGAGUUAUUCCGGCUUGGUUCAUCGCCAUUGUUGAUGCUAAGGUAGGUUCCGCCGCGGCUCGCCGCCGGAUCGUGAUGCAGGCGGAUAAGAUAACUGCUAAGGAGGCGCUGCGGUUGGGGAUUAUUUACUCGGCGCAUGAUAGCGCUGAGGAGACGGUUAAGGCUGCUGUUGGUUUGGCCGUUGAUUUGGUGAAGCGUGGCUGGGAUGGACACGUGUACGCUGCGAAUAGGAAGAAGUUUUUGGGUCACGUGAUUCGGGCUGUUGAAGAUACUACUGAGAGAAAUACCGAGAGAAACAUUGGAUCCAAACUUUAGUUAAGUAGAGCUUGUCUUAUUGAGAAUAAGAAUCUUUUAAGGAUCACAUCACACUUUAAAUUGUUAAAAGCCUACAGGGUUAUCAUUUAAAUUAAUUAUAAAAUCAUUGAAAUAUCAAACAAUUUACUUUUUAUCA